UGAAAACUUUCCAAUUUCUGUUUUUCUUCCCACUCUCACCGGCCACCUCCUUUCCUCUUUCAUGACAACCAUCAGGGAAGAUGAAUAAUCUCCAUCUCCACCUGGAAUCCACCCAAUUACUCAACCAUUUACCGAUACCAUCACUCCUUUACGAUCGUCACAAGCCAUGGUGGAAACAAAUUCUUGAUCCAAACGGUGAAUUCGUCAACAAAUGGAACCGAAUUUUUCUGGGCACAUCACUCCUAGCUCUGUUCAUCGAUCCCCUGUUCUUCUUCCUCCCAACGCUUCCCAACAAUUGCAUGAGAAUCGAUGCCCAUUUGGCAUUAAUCCUCAUGGCCGUCAGGACAAUUGUGGAUCUCUUUUCCGUGCUCCAAAUCUCCAUGAAAUUUAGAACCUCAUACGUCGCACCCAACUCCAGAAUCUUAGGGAAAGGAGACUUGGUUUUGGAUCCCAAGAAGAUUGCUUCUCGAUAUUUGAGAACGGAUUUCGCGAUUGAUCUUGCAGCUGCUCUUCCCAUCCCACAAUGCCUUGUCUGGUUUGCAAUGCCAUUGAAUCAACAAACGGCUGCUUCUCGCGCGAACCACGCGAUUUCUCUGGUUAUCAUCCUUCAAUACAUACCGAGAUUGUUCGUUAUAUUUCCCCUGAAUUCGAAAAUUACCAAGAGUACGGGUGUAGUAGCGAAAACUGCUUGGUCAGGUGCAGCUUAUAAUCUGAUUAUUUUCAUGUUGGCUAGCCAUGUUUUAGGAGCUAUUUGGUAUUUAAUGUCCUUCGAGCGCCAUUUUUCUUGCUGGAGAACUAUAUGCGAAAGGGAAAAAACCCGUCACCAUUGUGAUUCUAUUUACUUAGAUUGUGUGUUAAGAGGACACGGCAAAGAUGUUUGGAGAAAAUCCACAAAGGCAUUUGAAAUUUGCACCCCGAAGAACUUUGAAUUUGGGCUGUUUGCUGAUGCUUUUACUGACCAAGUAACCUCAGCUAAUGUCAUUGAUAGGUACUUUUAUUGCCUUUGGUGGGGAUUGAGAAACAUAAGUUCUUAUGGACAGAAUUUGGAGUCAAGUACUCAAGUUGUUGAAACUUUGUUUAGCUCGGUUAUCUGUUUGAUGGGAUUGGUUUUCUUCGCUUUGUUGAUUGGGAAUAUGCAGUCUUAUUUGGAAUCCACCACUGCAAGACUUGAAGAAUGGAGGGUUAAAAGAAGAGACACUGAAGAAUGGAUGAGGCAUCGUCAAUUACCUCCUGAUUUGCAGGAACGUGUUCGACGAUUUGUUCAGUACAAAUGGCUUGCGACAAGAGGAGUUGAUGAAGAAGAAAUUCUGAAAGCUUUGCCUUUGGAUAUACGUCGAGAGAUUCAGAGGCAUCUCUGUCUAGCUUACGUCCGUCGGGUUCCUUUCUUUGCUCAGAUGGAUGAUCAGCUUCUGGAUGCAAUCUGCGAGCGGCUUGUUUCAUCGUUAAACACGAAAGAUACUUACAUUGUGCGAGAAGGAGAUCCUGUGAAUGAAAUGCUGUUCAUAAUCAGAGGUGAACUGGAAAGCUCAACAACAAAUGGUGGUCGAUCAGGUUUCUUCAAUUCCAUAACUCUCAAACCUGGUGAUUUCUGUGGUGAAGAAUUGCUUACAUGGGCUUUAAUGCCAUCUUCGAAUUUAAAUCUUCCUUCAUCAACGCGAACUGUGAAAUCCCUAACGGAAGUAGAAGCAUUCGCACUUCGAGCAGAGGACUUAAAGUUUGUUGCUAAUCAGUUCAAACGCCUUCAUAGCAAGAGACUACAACAUGCUUUUCGGUACUAUUCUCAUCAAUGGAGGACAUGGGGUGCUUGCUACAUACAAGCUGCGUGGCGGCGUUUUAAAAGGAGAAAACUAGCAGAAGAAUUAUCGAGACAGGAAAACUUACAAUGUCCUCCAAAUUUGAUGGACGAAUAUGAUGAAAGUUUUUAUUAUCAUGAUGGAAAUGGCAGUACUUCUAGUAGCAAUUACAAUGCAGCUAGAAUGGAUGGAAAUGUUCAGCAUCUUGGUGCCACGGUUUUGGUUUCAAAAUUUGCUGCAAAUACUAGAAGAGGACAGAAUGUUUCAGUGGCUAAACCUGAUAGUUCCAGUUUGCGGAUGCCAAAGCUUUUGAAGCCUGAUGAGCCUGACUUUGCAGCGAACAGAGAUGAGGACAAUAAGGACGAUGAAGAAGCAGGCCUGAUCGAAUUUGAUUGACGUUUUAUUAGUUAGUUAAUCAACCUUCAUGUGUAGAAGUACUUCGUACACACUUUUUAGUCUAG